AAAUUGCAAGAGGGAACAUGGACGAUGUUUAUUGCAGAAAUAGUUGGUACAGCAAUAUUAAUUUUUAUUGGUUGUAUGGCAUGUAUCGGUUCCUUAUUACCUUCUGCACUGCAAUCAUCUAUUGCAUUCGGUAUGACAGUGAACCUUAUUAUUAUGAUGUUAGGUCACGUUAGCGGAGCUCAUUUAAAUCCAGCUGUUACAAUUGGUGCAGUAAUCAUAGGUUUAAAAAGUAUUCCAACCGGUACAUUGUAUAUAAUUGCACAAUUCAUCGGUGCAAGUCUUGGAUACGGUAUAUUACAGGCAGUAAUACCAACUGAUUUAUUUAACAAUGGUAAUUUAAAUCCCAUCGGCGUUUGCAUGACUGUUAUUCAUCGUAGUGUUAGUAUUCCUCAAGCUAUUCUUAUCGAAGCAUUAUGUACUGCUUGCAUACUUCUCGGUGCAUGUGCAACAUGGGAUUCUAGAUGCGCUCAUACCACUGAUUCAACAGCUAUCAGAUUUGGUUUUUCCGUUGUUGCUAUCUCUCUCGCUGCGGGUCCAUACACGGGAUGCAGUAUGAAUCCUGCACGAUCUUUUGGGCCUGCAUUAUGGAACAAUGAUUGGACUAAUCAAUGGGUUUAUUGGUUCGGACCAACAAUUGGUGCAUUGUUAGGAACAUACGUUUAUAAAGUAUUCUUUUUAAAUAAACCACAACUCAAAUAUAAUAUUGAAUCACCGAUCGUCAAAGUUUAAGAUGGAAAUAAUUUUGUUCGAAUUUCUUUUAUCCCGCGUGUAGA